AUGACAAAUUAUGAAAUCUCUCCAAUGAUUUUUAAACAAGAAUCUAUUAUUAAUGAGAAUUCACCGACAACUUCUUCAACAAAUUCAACUAUACAACAAUUUUAUUCAGAUACUAAUAAUAAUAAUAAUAAUAAUAAUCAUUUAAAUUCAGAUGAUACUUAUUUAAAUGAACAAGAAUUGAAUUUAAAUGAUUUUGUAUACACAACAAUCAAUAAUACAAUGUCAGUAUCAGUAAAUAAAAUCAAUUCAAUGUUAUCAAUAUCAAAUAAUUUAUUAGAAAAAACCUUUCAUCAUCAUCAUCCAUUGAUUCAUUUAAAUUUAACUAAUCAAUUAAAUAAUCAUUAUCAUCUUCAAGAUGAUCAUCAACCACCAAUGAAUGAUAUAGAAAAUUUAGAAUUUAUUCAUUCUAUACAACAAAACGAAUUGAAUUAUUCAACCCAAACCCCAAUAUCAUCAUCAUCAUCAUCAUUAGAAUCAUCAUUAACUCGUAAUGAUAAUAAUAAUAAUCUAAAGAAUAGUCUAAUUAACUUGCCAACAUCAUCAUCAUCGUCAUUGUUCACAUCGACACAUGCAUCAAAAUCUUCUACGUCUAGUUUUUCACAUCAUCAUCAUAAUCAUCAUCAAAAUCCGAGAAUAACAGUGACUAUGGGAAUAGGUACACUAACUACUACUACUACUACUACUACUACUACUACUACUACUACUACUACUACUACUACUACCACAACUACCACUACGACUACGACAAGAAGUUCAACUAUAAUAAAUCGUUCGACUGGUAGUCAAGACUAUAAAGAAUAUGGAAAUUCAUUACGUUCAACUGUACAAAAUCGAUUAAAUAAUCAUUCACAUUCACAUCCACAUCAUCAUCAUCACCAUCAUGUUCAUCACUAUAGAACAGCGUCAAUUUGUUCAAGAGCAUCAUAUAUGUGUCGUAAGUGUAAAACACAUGGACAUAAUAUUCCAGUUAAACGACACAAACGUACAUGUCCAUAUACAAACUGUAAAUGUAUUAAAUGUCAUCUUGUUGAUCAAGGUAGAAAAGUUGUCGCCAAACAGAUAGCUCUUUAUCGUGAUCAAACUGGUAAUUCACAUCAACGUGAUACACAUGAACAACAAACAAGUUUGAAUCGUGUACAAACAUCCUCUAACAUUCAUUGGUUACAGACAUUUACAGAAGCGGUAGCAUCGUCACCGUCGUCAAUGGCAACAAUAGCUACUACGACUACAACUGCCUUACCUAUUGCAGCUACCAACCUGGAACGAAAUAGAAUUGAUGAGCCAAAAAUGAAUAAAAAUGUAACUACAACUCGAAACACUACUCGUGUAUGUAGUACAACUGGAUUACAUAAUCCUACUUUUUGUGAUGAAAGAAUCAAUCCAACGUUAGUUCAUUUAUCAACUCAUUCUAAUUCAUUACGAUCAAUGGUGACAAUGAUGGACGAUAAACAAACAAUUACAUCUGGUCCACAUUGUCGACGAUGUCGUAAUCAUUCAAUAGCUGUUACAUGGAAAGGACAUAAGAAAACUUGUCCAUUUAGAAAUUGCCCAUGUGAUCCAUGUCGAUUGAUUAACGUGAGAAAAGAUACAGAAAAAACACUUAGGGAAAUGGUAAGUCAUAAUGAAUUAAAACCCUUCACUAAUGUUUUCAAAGAAAAUCGUAACAAUUAUUCAACCCCUAAAUUGCAAUCAAUUGUACAAAGUAAUUCAACGUUGAAUGAUACAAAUACUCAAACAGAAUGUGCAUAUAAGCCAUCAACUAAUCUAUAUAGCAAUAAUAAUAAUAAUAAUAAAAUCAAUGUAAAUCAUCCUAAUGGAAAUGAAAAAAUCGGAGAGAAUUUAAUCAAUCAACAAACAAAUGAAAGUUUAUUAUUAUCAAGACCACCUAAAUCAUCACCAUGUUUAACACAAUUAUUACAUGAUAAUCUCAGCAACAACGAUAAUAAUAGUAAUAGUAAUAAUAAUAAUAAUAAUAAUAGUCUAUUCGUGAAUACAACCCGUUCACAAUUAAGUCAUAAAAUAAAUUCACGAUCAAAUUCUAUCGAUUCAAUUUUAUCACAAAAUAGUUCAGAGAAUUAUCUUAAUGAAUCAUUAUUACCUACAUCUUCUUAUCAAUUAUCAACAACACUUUUUAAUGGGAAUCAUGUAAAAGAACAAACAAAAACAAUAACACCAUUAAAAAAUUCAAAUCUUUUAACUGUUCGUGAUAUAAAUCAUCUUUCAUCAUCGGAUUGGUGGAUUCAAUCAACAAAUUUAUUACAUAAUAUACCAACUACUUUAACAUCAGUAUUAUCACCAUCAUCAUUAUCAAUUUCUGUAAAUCAUCCUGUACAGAAUCAAUUGACUACUAUGAAUUCAAUUGAUUGUGUACAAUAUGAUACAAGUUUAGGAUAUAUUCAUCAAAAAAUCAAUAAUAAUAAUAAUAAUAAUAAUAAUAAUAAUAAUAAUAAUAGUACAGAAUUUGAUUCUGCAAUCACAACAGAUUUUUCACAAUUGAACUCAAUAGAAGAUUAUUAUGAGUCACCAAUUCUAAAAAGUGGUUUAACCAAUGAAGCCAAUGUUAAUUUUCAUUAUAAUGAUAAUGAUAAAAAUUAUUAUUAUGAUAAUUCUGAUUAUUUCGGUCCUACUAUUGAUUUUAGAAAUCCAUCGCCUUAUUUGUACAGAAUAAAUCGAUCUCAAGCAUACAAUCCCACAACAAAUAAUUUGAAUAGUAAUAUAAACACACCUGUUAAUAAUAAUAACAAUUGUGCUAAUCAUACGAAACCGCUUUCUAUUGUCCUGAACGCGUUUCAGCCGUGGCUGCAGCAGCUGCAGCCGCUGCGGCGAUGGUUGCAAUGACACCGGCUAUCAGUAAUUCGCCAAGACGAUGUUCUCAUCAUCAUUACCAUCAUCAUCAUUGUCACGCACAUACACAUUGUCAUAUUAAUCAAAAUUUUCGAGAAGAUAUUCAACAACGACAUGGACAAGACAAUAUAGAUGAUGACUAUGAUGAUGAAGAGGAUGAUGUUGUUGAUAAUGACGACUUAUUGAAUGAAGCAAAUACUAUGGAUGCUAAACGUUAUCAUCAUUAUCACCAUAUGUACAAUCAACCCGCCUCAAUUCAGCAUCAACAUCACAAACCUUACGAAACAUUAGAUCCUGAGUUAUAUUCAAAUUUAGGACAAAAUAGAACAAUUAGAGAAGAAUGUCCUCCUAUUGACAGUGAGAUUCAUGUACCAUCAAUGGAUAAAACAUGCAUAAUAACUGGAAAUUCACUACCUUAUAUUGAUGAGUAUCAAGGUUCACCAGUAGAACACUAUUCAAGGUUUAACAGAUCACCAAGAGAAUGGAUAAAUAAAGAAACAGAUGAUAUUCGAAUAUCUCAAGAAGAAUUAACAACACUAAUACGACAUACUGGUAAUAAUAGCAGAAAACAUGAGUUACCACUAACCACAACAUUCCAACCAGUUUCUUCCACUAAUUAUAUGUCCUUAGCAUUUAAUCAACUUGCUGUAGACAAGUUUCAUGAUCCAAAUUUAAAUACAGUUUCAUCGGCUUCAUCAUUUAUGCCUCCCGAAGUAAAUAGUAGUUUACCAGUUUCUUUUCCGCGCCUUCCUACGAAUAUACCCGCAUCACGAACCCUGGAUUAUUCAAAUACAAUAUGGCGAAAUUAUUCUAAUCUUAAAAUGAAUAAUCUGUUUUCUGAUACGAACACACAAAUCAAUAUAUCUGAUAAUACUCAUGCUAGUGAUGAUAGCAUUGAUGAUGAAGAUAAUGAUAAACAGCCAAACUCAAGAGUCUCAUUAAAUCAUUCAAAAUUGGAAUAUUCAAGACACAUUAAUAAUCAGUCUGAACAUGGUAGUGAUGUGAAUUUGUCAGCUUGGUCAUUGCUGCAGUUUAGUAAUGAUAAUAAUCAAGCAAUGAUCGAUAAUAAUAAUAAUAAUCAUUCAAAUAUAUUGAUGAGCAGUGGGAAUGUUGAAUCAACCAAUAGGAUUAGAGAUGAAAAUUAAAUAAUGAACGGAUGAUUUGACUUUUCAAGUUUCCUACCGGUAGAAUUCGGCCAAUCUUGCCUAAUAUUAUGGAAGAAAGAGAGAGAGAGAGAGGGAAAAAAUUCUGACGCAACAUUUCAAUUAAAAGUUUACAAAAAAACAACUAACAUUCCAUUCUGUUUCUCGUCAUCAUUUUUAUACAACGUUAGCUGAUGUUUUCUUUUAACAGUACAAAAGUAUUAAAAUGAUACAUUCCAUUCAUAUUCCAUCUUUAUAUAUAUAUACAUAAAUGAAAUAAUAAUAACAGUAAAAAAAAAUUAUCCAUGACAUUAAAAUCCCC